CAGUUUAUAUGCAUUUGUGCAACGACAAUUUGAAUAGAUAUUUAUAUGACUUGUUUGCACUAAACUAUUAAGGCAUAUGUCUAUAUUAAACUGAAGUAAAGACGUGAUCUGCAUUUAUCUUAUGGCAUUUCUCUAGCACCAGUGUAUUCUGUAAAUUUAGAUUUUGUAUUGACGGAGGAUUCUGUAAAAUGGGAAGUCUUUGCCAGUUAUUUGAAGAGCUGCUGCCCCAAUUUCUUGAAUAUUUGUACGGGAAAUGGGAAGAGUCUUACUGGGAGCUUUCCUGAGUGGAGAAACGAAAAGAUUGUUACUCUCCGAAAAGCCUUCACACUUUAAACCCAAGAACCCAAAUAUUACCAACCUUGAUAAACUAUCAUUUUUCCCUUUUCAUGCUACUCUUCCUUAACACCAACCUCUCUCCUGAACACAAAUAAGCUCCCAUUUAUAUUCCCCUGUCCUGUUGAACUUCUCCUCCACUAACUUCUCAUCAUUAUCCAAUUUCUCGUGUUACUGUUUAAGAUGUCAAAAAAUCACAAUCAGGGCACUACUAGGCACUGCUCUGCGCCAGGCAGGCGGAUUCCUACACCUGGGAAAGCUACUGUUCUUGCAAUAGGAAAGGCCUUCCCUAGUCAGCUUGUUCCUCAGGAAUGCUUGGUUGAGGGUUACAUCCGGGACACUAGAUGUGAUGAUGUCUCCAUCAAGGAGAAACUAGAACGCUUGUGUAAAACCACAACCGUGAAGACAAGAUACACUGUCAUGUCUAAGGAGAUCCUAGACAAAUAUCCUGAACUUGUGACUGAAGGCUCACCUACCAUCAGCCAAAGACUUGAUAUAGCGAACCCAGCGGUUGUAGAGAUGGCCUUGGAAGCAAGCCUUGCUUGCAUAAAGGAAUGGGGAAGGCCCGUAGAAGACAUCACGCAUAUCGUCUACGUUUCAUCAAGUGAAAUUCGCCUUCCUGGCGGUGAUCUUUAUCUUGCUAGCAAGCUUGGCCUUAGAAGUGAUGUUGGCCGCGUAAUGCUGUAUUUUCUUGGCUGUUAUGGUGGUGUCACUGGCCUCCGUGUUGCCAAAGAUAUAGUAGAAAACAAUCCGGGAAGCCGUGUUUUGUUAACUACUUCUGAAACUACCAUACUUGGUUUUCGUCCACCAAACAAGGCUCGCCCUUAUGAUCUUGUUGGGGCUGCUCUCUUUGGUGAUGGAGCUGCAGCUGUCAUCAUCGGAGCCAACCCGAUAAUGGAUAUAGAGUCUCCUUUCAUGGAGUUAAACCACGCAGUUCAACAAUUCUUGCCUGGAACACAAAAUGUUAUCAAUGGGCGUCUUUCUGAAGAGGGGAUAAACUUUAAGCUCGGCAGGGACCUACCCCAGAAGAUUGAAGAUAAUAUAGAAGAGUUCUGCAAGAAGCUGAUGGGAAAAGCUGGUUUAAAGGAUUUCAAUGAUCUGUUUUGGGCAGUCCAUCCUGGUGGACCAGCAAUUCUGAACCGCCUGGAAAGUACAUUGAAAUUAAACACUGAAAAGUUGGAGUGUAGCAGGAAGGCUUUAAUGGAUUAUGGAAAUGUGAGUAGCAACACCAUCUUUUAUGUGAUGGAUUAUAUGAGGGAGGAGUUGAAGUUGAAGCAUAAACAAGUGGAAGAAUGGGGACUUGGCUUAGCAUUCGGGCCUGGCAUUACAUUCGAAGGCAUUCUUCUUCGUAGCCUGUAAUCAGUCUCAUGAUGCAGUCAAUAGUUUAACAUUUUCAAGUAUCAACCCUUCAACUACUGCUUCUGCAUGUGUUUAAUAUCAGUAAUUCUGAAGAUAUGAUAUUCAACAAUAUCUAUUUAA